ACAGUCAACGGGAAAAACCAUCCUGUGUUUAGUUCUCUGCAGUGAUGCAUCCUUGCCACGCUAUCACGAAUAUUUCCCACAUGAACAGCAACUGGUCAAGGGAAAUUCGAGCUUCCCUGUACAGCUUAAUGUCACUCAUAAUUCUGGCCACUCUGGCUGGCAACUUAAUAGUAAUAAUUUCCAUAUCCCACUUCAAGCAACUUCAUACACCCACAAACUGGCUCCUUCAUUCCAUGGCCAUUGUCGACUUUCUGCUGGGCUGUCUGAUAAUGCCCUGCAGCAUGGUGAGAACUGUUGAGCGCUGUUGGUAUUUUGGGGGCAUCCUCUGUAAAGUUCACACCAGUACCGAUAUCAUGCUGAGCUCGGCAUCCAUUUUCCACUUGGCCUUCAUUUCCAUUGACCGCUACUGUGCUGUGUGUGACCCUCUGAGAUACAAAGCCAAGAUCAGUAUCUCCACUAUUUUUGUGAUGAUCCUCGUUAGUUGGAGCCUUCCUGCUGUUUUUGCGUUUGGGAUGAUCUUCCUGGAGCUGAACUUAAAAGGAGUUGAAGAGCUGUAUCACAAUCAAGUCGGCUCCCUGGGCGGCUGUUCUCCCUUCUUUAGUAAAGUAACCGGCGUACUGGCAUUCAUGACUUCUUUCUACAUACCUGGAUCUGUUAUGUUAUUUGUUUACUAUAGAAUAUAUUUCAUAGCUAAAGGACAAGCAAAGUCAAUUAAUCGUGCAAAUCUUCAAGUUGGAUUGGAAGGGAAAAGCCGAGAACCACAAAGCAAGGAAACAAAAGCGGCGAAGACCUUAGGGAUCAUGGUGGGCGUUUUCCUCGUAUGCUGGUGCCCAUUCUUUUUAUGCAUGGUCCUGGACCCUUUCCUGGGCUAUGUUAUCCCACCCUCCCUGAAUGACGCACUAUAUUGGUUUGGGUACUUGAAUUCUGCCCUUAAUCCGAUGGUUUAUGCCUUUUUCUACCCCUGGUUCAGAAAAGCGUUGAAGAUGGUUCUCUUUGGUAAAAUUUUCCAAAAGGACUCAUCUAGGUCUAAGUUAUUUUUGUAAUCCAAUCUGGGAAACACAUAUAUUUUACAGUUCUUAAAAGUAGUUGGUGAUUGGGGGCU